UUUUAUGUAUAUAUAUAUAUAUAUUAUAAAAACAACAACAACAACAACUUCUACCAGAGAGAAAAAAAAAAAAAGGCGAAGAGAAGCGAAAUACGUCUAAAGAUUUGCUUGUUUUCUUCUCUUCAAUCUCCGGAUUGUAGCUGUCCCCUUUUAUACUUUUCUCUUGGUUCUUUGCGGGUUUUAACUUAAAUCUUUCUUCUUGGUUCCUUCUGGGUUUCUAUCUGGAUAUAUAGUCUUCCUAGGACUAUAUACAAGGCGAGAGUAAAGAGAGAUUCUUGAAAAGGAUAUGGCUGCUGCUUCAUCAUCUUCUCCUUUUUUCCGAGCUAGAGAGGAAAAUCACAACCAGAUGAUGCAACAAAAUUCAUCAACAACUACCACUUCAUCAACUGCUCCAGCAACAGCACCUCAGAAGAAAAAAAGAAAUCAACCUGGAACACCAUAUCCAGAUGCAGAGGUGAUAGCACUAUCUCCCAAGACCCUAAUGGCAACAAACAGGUUCAUAUGUGAAGUAUGCAACAAAGGGUUUCAAAGGGAGCAAAACUUACAGCUCCAUAGAAGAGGACAUAACCUACCUUGGAAGCUAAAGCAGAAGACAACAAAGGAAGUGAAGAGAAAGGUUUAUUUGUGCCCUGAGCCCACGUGCGUACACCACGACGCAUCUAGGGCUCUCGGUGACCUUACUGGCAUCAAGAAACACUAUUCAAGAAAACAUGGUGAGAAGAAAUGGAAGUGUGAGAAAUGUUCAAAGAGGUACGCUGUUCAAUCUGAUUGGAAAGCCCAUUCUAAGACUUGUGGCACUCGAGAGUACAGAUGUGACUGUGGCACUCUCUUCUCAAGGCGUGAUAGUUUCAUUACUCAUAGAGCAUUCUGUGAUGCACUAGCUCAAGAGAGUGCGAGGCAUCCUACUGGCUUAAACACCAUAGGAUCUCAUCUCUAUGGAAAUAAUCACAUGAGCUUAGGCUUAUCUCAAGUUGGUUCCCCAAUUUCCUCAUUGCAAGAUCAGAACCAUUCAUCUAGUAAUCUGUUGCGUCUAGGCAGCGCUGGUGCGGCAAAAUUCGAGCACAUAAUCCCUCCAUCUAAUUCAACAUCCUUGCCAACGAUGCCCGCAUCUGCCUUCUUCAUGUCAGAUGCGAACCAAGGUUCAUUUUCGAAUAAACCUUUACAUGGACUAAUGCAGCUUCCUGAUCUUCAAAGCGCUACCAACAACUCCUCAGCGGCUACGAAUCUCUUCAACCUAAGUUUCUUUUCGAAUAAUAGUCCUGGCAAUCGAAUAAGUAACAGCGAUAAUGGCAAUUCAAGCACCGCGGCCACCAACUUGGUGAAUUCUGGUUUCUUGAGUCCUAAUCCAUUCAAUGGUGGAAAUGGAGGCCAAGGAUCUACAAUUUUCGCGAAUAAUAUGGGUGAUCCUGUUGGCUCAGGUAUUCCUUCUCUUUAUAGCAAUUCAAUGCAACAAGAGAACAUCACUCCCCACAUGUCUGCAACUGCUUUGCUCCAAAAAGCUGCUCAAAUGGGUUCAACUACAAGCAGCAAUAACAAUUCUACUUUGCUAAGAGGCCUAGGAAGCUCUUCAUCAACCGGUAACAAAUCUGAUAGGUCGCCUCUUGUGUCUGCCAACUUCGGUAGCAGUUUUGGCAAUGCAAAAAUAGGAGAUCAUCACCAUCAAGGUCUAGGGACACAAAUUGAAAGUGAAAACCAACUCCAAGGAUUGAUGAAUUCUCUUGCUAAUGGGGGCUCUUCCAUUUUUGGAGGCGGACACGGGCAGGAUAACGGCUUUGGUGGGUUUACAAGCAGUGGAAUAUCAUUGGAACAGCCUCAUAAUAGCACGAGUUUUAGCAAUGUAGAUGAGGCAAAUAAACUGACUUUGGAUUUUCUAGGUGUUGGUGGUAUGGUAAGAAACAUUGGAGGUCAACAUGGUAUCAAUUUAAGUGCCUUGGACACAGAAAUAAAGUCAGCACAAGCAAAUAAACCAUUUUGAAAAAGGCAACAAGAGGAUUGCAGAGAAGAAACCAAAGCGGAAGUGGUAGUUUAGGUAUGUGCAUGCAUGUUUGAAUAUUUAGGAAGGAAAUUUCUUUUUCCUUUUUCUUUUUUCACUGAGGCUUUGUUGCUAUAACUACUGCCUCAAGGACUAAAUUUCUUUUUUCCAAUUGCUGUCUUUAUAUGUGUUUGUGAACGUAGUAGCUUUAGAGGGAAUCAAUCUAAAACAUCCUCUCCCUUUCAAAACCAA